AUGGAAUGUGAGGGAGUUGUUACAAAAGUGGAUCCUUAUUAUGGAUAUUUGGAACUGGAUAAAAAAUAUAAAAUACAUCUUAGUAUACUCAAAAUAUACGACGCUAAAAUUAAAUUACCUCGUUUAAAUUCAAAAGUAAUCGCUACAAAUUUACAUAUAUCAUCAUUAACUUGUGUAGCCUGUGAAAAUUCGAAAAUUAAAGGAGAUUUGACUGUGGAUUUCAAAGCCAAUUCAUUUACUCAUUUAAUAAAAAAAUAUAGCCUAGGUGUAGCUGAUUUACUUAUGAUUGAUCGUACAUUAGAAAUGUUGAAGAAAUCGUUUAUUUUUAAAAGUGAUCAAGAACAAAUUGAAAUGUUGUUAGUAUUACUAGAAACUGUGAUAAAACCUGAAUAUAAUGAUAAUGAAUUGAACAGUCAUAUUUGUUUAAACAACUGGAUAUCGGACAUUGACAUAAUUCCGAUAAACAGAUGUAAAUAUGUAGAAAUAAUUUCUGAUAAAUAUCAAGAUUUCCCUGUUUGGUCAUUUGGAGUACAUUAUGGACUUAAAAGAAAUAGUGUACUAUUUGGCUUCUUAUACAUAGAUCCUCAAUAUGGGUUUUUGAUGAUGAAAGACAACUUGCACAAAAUGGUAUGCAUUAUAACAAACCAAUCUGGAAGUACUGAUAAGUUUGCAGAUAGUUUUGUAAUUUUAACAAAAUAUAAAGUAGUAACUGAAGUAUUUAAAGAUUCUAGGGUGCCAAAUUUGGAAUAUGUAAUAGUUGAUUUUAAAGACAUUAGUAUUUUAAAUACUGAAACCAAAUCAAACAAAUUAUAUGGACAGAUAGAGCCCAGCUGUGAUGGUUUUAAAAAGACAUGGGAGUUUAGCAUAUUGAGAAAAAGCACAGUAUGUAUAGGACAAAACAAAAAUCCUGAAGCUUACUUACAAGUUUCAGUGAACAAGGAAAAUGACAACAACCUAAACGAAGUAUUUUAUCUGACACUACCUAGUGCAUACAUAAAUAUAUUAUUGUUUUUAAAAGAAGGUUUCAAAUACAGAUUACACCACAACAAUUCUAUGAAAGAAAUAUACAACGGUGAACUCAUGGUAGCGGGUAGAUACAAGAAUUUUCUAAUUGUUGAAAAUACUGCCUAUUUCCAAGAACUAGGACCAACUGAAGAUGAUUCGAAAAACCAAAUAUUAGAAGUACAAGAUUGUAAGAAGUAUAUGUCAAAAACUUCAAAUAUGGUUUUAUCAUUUGAAGGUGUUGUACGAAAUAGGGGCUUUGUUCAAAAUUUCUCACAAACCAAUAAAAGAACAUCAUUGUAUGGAUUUUCAACACCAGGUUCAGAAACUCAUACCUUAAUAUUUGGAUACCUAGAAAACGAAACGCAAUCGAGUUUGGUAGUAUAUCUGAGUAACUGGAUAAACCAGCUCAUGCCUCUUGGUUUGAUACCAGAAAUGAGAGUUAGAGUAAACAACGUCAAACCUAUGGCAACAUAUUUGAAGAGCACUAUAUUUACUACAAUAGAAAUUUUGUCAUACAUGCCCCGUACUGAGUUUCAUGCAGUAAACCUAUAUGGAGUAUUUGAAGGCGAUUGGGGUUCACCGUAUUUCCUAAGUAAAGGCAACAGCAUACCUCAUGGAGUACUUGUAUGGUCCAAAGUUUUUAAUGUACACAUUCUUCAAGUAGACAUGACUAACAGUUGCGACGGAUGUAAGCGUCUUAUAGAAAUUUCCGGAGCUUGUGCUUAUUGCAAAAGUGAAUCGAGAGUCUUCAAAUUUAAUCUGAUCAUGCAUGUGACUGAUUUAUACGGUUUGAGCAAGAUAAUAGUAAAAGAUCCACAGUUUCUGAGAAUUAUACUGGAUUUAUCGAAACCGCAGUUUGUUCACUGGUUCGAGGCGUUCCAAAACGUCGGUCAAUUCUCAUUUAAUAUCCACAAUAAAGAAAACCAGUUCGAUAAAAUGUUUGAUACUAAUAAUUUCAAGAAUAUGCUCACUGGGUUUUUCACUACGUUUAACAAAUCUCUGUUUGAUGGACUGGAAUUAAAAUGCAGAAAGAUGUUCCAAAAUGUUACCAAAAAUGCUAAAGGGUUCGUAAGUAAUCCGUUAUGGUUCUACCUAGACGGAAGAAAGAGUUGA